GCCAUGGCGCCCCUCGACCGCAUCGCCCGUGGCGCGCUCCACUCCGACCACCCGCCGCCGCCGCCAGCCGUGCUGCACGCCCACCUCCUCCGCUCGCAAGCCGCGGCCGCCGAGCCCGCUCUCAUCCGCUCGCUCAUGAACAGAGCCAUCAGCCGCCUCUCCAAGUCGCACCCGCGCGCCGCGCUCGGCCUGCUCCUCCUCAUGCCGCGCCUGCCCGUCUCCCCCGACCACUUCACCCUCCCGUUCGCGCUCAACGCCGCCGCGUCGCUCCGCAUCCUCCCGCUCGGCGCCUCCCUCCACGCCGUCGCCAUCCACCUCGGGCUGCUCCCUCUCUGCCUCCCCGUCGCCAACGCAAUCGUCGACCUCUACGCGAAGUGCGAGGACUUCCCCGCUGCGCACGCCGCGCUCGCGGACAUCCCCGCUCCCGACGCAGUCUCCUUCAACUCCCUUCUCUGCGCGCACGCCCGCAACGCCUCCGUGGCUUCCGCCGAGUCCCUCUUCACCGCCAUGCCCAGCAGAACCCAUGUCUCCUGGAACGCCAUGGUGGUAGUCUACGUCAAUGCUGGUGAUCUCGUAUCUGCUCACCGCGUGUUUGAUGAAAUGCCUACAAGAGACAUGACCUCGUGGACGGUGCUGAUUGUUGGGUACUGUAAGCGCGGGUUGGUCCAGAAUGCGCGCGAACUGUUUGAUAAAAUGCCGGCAAAGAAUCUUGUGGCUUGGGCGGCAAUGAUUAAUGGUUAUGCACAGACUGGGCGGCCAAAGGCGGUACUUGCUUUGUUUAGGCAAUUGGAGUCUGCUGGGUUUGAGCCUGAUGCAGCCACAAUGGUUGGGGUUAUUUCUGCAGUUGCACAGAUGGGCAGCACGGAUUUGGCUGGGUGGGUUGGAGCUUAUGUUGACAGGAAGAAGAUCGAAAGGAAUGUGAAGAUUCUUACAGCAUUAGUAGAUAUGCAUGCGAAGUGUGGAAAUGUUGAGCAGGCACUGAGUGCUUUUAGGGAGAUUGCACAGCCUGAUGCCUAUCCAUACACAGCGUUGAUAAGUGGGCUGGCAACUCAUGGGCAUGCAAAGCUGGCACUUCAAGUUUUCGAAAGGAUGCAGGCUCAGGCCGUCUUGCCGGACCCUAUCACCUUUGUUGGUGUGCUUACUGCGUGCAGCCAUGCGGGGCUUGUCGACAAGGGACUGGAGUAUUGGGAGGCAAUGGUGCGGGAUUAUGGAAUCGAGCGCCGUGCGGAUCACUAUGCCUGUGUCGUAGACAUGCUUGGACGAGCAGGGAGGAUUGAGGAGGCAUUCGAGAUGGUUCAAACGAUGCCAAUGGGGCCACAUCCAGGGGCUCUUGGUGCACUGCUGAGUGCCUGCAAGACAUAUGACAAUGUUGAGAUUGCAGAAAUUGUUGCAAACAAGCUUUUUGAGUUGGAACCUAGGAACACUGGGAACUAUAUACUGCUUUCAAAUAUAUAUGCUGGGAAAGAACUAUGGGAGGAGGCAGAAAGAGUCAGAUCUCUAAUGAGAACAAAACUGCCGUUUAAAAAGCCAGGAUCCACUUGGGUUGAGGAUCGACAGAGGGAGCAUGCAUGAUGUCUGUAACGGGCUAACGGCUGAGAAUCAGUUGAAAUAGGAACACUGCUUUUGAUUUGGAGAUAGCGGAAGCUAGGCAGUCUUAAAAUAAAACAUAGCUACUUAACAGUUAGCAAAGCAAGAGCUUCAUAUCAGUUUGCCACUCAGGUAUCUU